AUGCGGGUGUGUGUCUGUGUAUGUGUUGCCUCUGUAUUACGUGUGUGUGUGUGUGUCUGUGUGUGAGUGUGUGUGAGUGUGUGUGUGUGUGAGUGUGAUAUCUACUGCGGUCGUUGCAGUAAUUUUGAUGUGUCUCUCAUUGGUUCUAUCUUCACCAGCAACCAUGUGCAUCGUGUUCCGUGGAUACCUCAAUCAUCAGAUGGAGUUGGUUCCAUAAUACAUUUUGAUAUUUCUAAGAGUUGGCAGUUACCAUUCUCAAUGCUGCGACCUUUAUCUACCUAGCUGCUGGCCAGAGCAUUUGCUCUGAUGCCAUUAGCUUGGUCACUCUUUCUUCAUUUUACCAUUGGGUCUUUCAGUGGAUAACAGCUGAAACGACACAUAUUCUGUCCCUGAGGACUUACAGCCACCUGCCUUGCAGGCUUCACCAUCACUUGCCAGUGCAUCAGCAAAGGGCAAGUGGGGAGCAGCCAUGGAGCAAACAAGGAAACGGAAAGGCUCCCUCAUUGACUUUGAAAGUGGUGAUGAUGAUGAUGACCUUUGCAGCAAUACUGACGAUCCUAAGAAAUAUGCAAGGCAAAACCACAGUGAAAUUGAAAAACGUCGCCGUGAUAAAAUGAAUUCCUAUAUAACAGAACUAUCAGCUAUGAUUCCCAUGUGCAAUGCUAUGAACAGAAAACUAGACAAACUGACAGUGUUGCGAAUGGCUGUGCAACAUAUGAAAGCUCUACGAGGAGCAAAUCGAACGCAUACAGAAGUCAGUCAGAAACCUGCGUUCCUCUCUGAUGAUGAAGUAAAACAUUUGAUCCUUGGGGCUGCUGAUGGAUUCCUGUUUGUUGUAAGCUGUGAUAGAGGCAAAAUACUAUAUGUCUCACAGUCUGUAAAGAGAACGUUAAACUUUUCACAGUCCGAUUUAAUUGGCCAAAGUUUGUUUGAUAUUCUUCAUCCACGAGACAUUGGCAAAAUCAAAGAACAACUUAGCUCUUCAGAUCUAACGCCAAGAGAACGGUACAUUGAUGCAAAAACCAUGCUUCCAGUGAGAACAGAACUACCUCAGAAACCCACUCAACUCUGCUCUGGUGCCAGACGCUCAUUCUUCUGUCGGAUGAAAUGUGUCAAUAAAUCUGCAGACGUUGUUCCCAGCGCUGUCAAGGUAGAAAAAGAUGUUGAAGCUGAGCAUUCCCAUAAAAAACGAAAAUCAGACAGAAAAAACUUCUGCAUAAUUCACUGUACAGGGUACUUGAAAUCCUGGCCACCAACACGAAUGGACAUUGGAGGUGAGGAUGAAGUGGAAAAUGACAACGAACUGUGUAACUUAAGCUGUUUGGUGGCCGUUGGUCGGACAUUGCCGUCAUUUAGUCCAUACAAUCUACCUGAAAGCGGUGCAAUUCACAUGCGACCCACAGAAUAUGUCUCCCGACAUAGUAUUGAUGGCAAGUUUACAUACAUAGACCACAGGGCAACAGUAAUAUUAGGUUAUUUGCCACAAGAACUAUUAGGGACAUCAGUGUAUGAAUAUUAUCACCAAGACGAUAUUUCACACAUGGCAGACAUACACAGAAAAGUUUUACAAACUAAAGACAAACUUGAGACACACAUAUUUCAGUUUAAAGCCAAAGAUGGAACAUUUCUGCAUUUAUGGUCAAAAUGUUUUAGUUUCCGGAACCCUUGGACGAAGGAUGUGGAAUAUAUUGUGACUACGAACACUGUUGUUCCAAUGCCAAAGGUCACAAGUUCCAACCAAGCAGCAGAAUCAAGUGAACAAAUGCAGGUUGAUGCUGCUGUAGAAAGUACGUCAUCUAAUAAAGUUGAAGAAGCACAGUCUGCAGGUACACGGACGGGUGCUGGCCGAAUAGGAAGACAAAUUGCUGAAGAAGCCACUGAAACAAUAAGUAACAGGUUAGCAUUUACUGCAGACAGCAGCAGCGUUCCUGGACCUUCAUCCAUACAGAAUAAACAUACAAGGACCAAAAUGUCUAUUCCAGAAACAACCAGUUCAGAAUGUUCCAGCCAUGACAGUAGCCUUGUGGACUCUGUGAUGAAUGAGCAUGUUAUUAAUGAGAUGACGAACCCUGGCAACAGUGGAGAUGAUGAAGCAGCAAUGGCAGUGAUUAUGAGUUUAUUGGAAGCAGAUGCUGGACUUGGUGGACCAGUGGAUUUCAGUGAUCUGCCAUGGCCAUUAUAGUUCAUACUUUACUGGGUUAUCUUUAUUUUUUUGGGGGGAAAAAAAUAUUAACAACAUUUUUUUUUUAUAAAAUCUCUUCAUACCUAACCGCAACUACUUCCAUGUUGCUGCGGUCCCUAACACCAUUAAAAUGUUGUUAAUAUGACCGCUAUUUAUACUGACCCACCCUCCACACAAACUUUACACAUACAUUCACUGUUCACACAGUACACAUGUACCCUCGACAUCUCACAAUCACCACUGCUUCCUUUCAUAUUUCUUAUUGUGACUCUCUAAGUUAAGAAGAUUGCAGCUAAACUGAAUGCAGGUGAUCCAAACCCAACCCCAAGCUCCAUUGGACCUCCCCCCCUACAGACAUAUUCAUAUAUAUAUAUAUAUAUGCAAUAUAUAUAUGCAUAUAUGUAUGCAUAUAUAUAUGCACAUAUAUAUGCAUAUAUAUAUUAGUAUAUAUAUAUAUAUAUAUAUAUUAGUAUACAUAUAUAUAUGUAUAUAUGUAUGUAUGUAUGUAUGUAUAUAUGUAUGUAUGUGUGUAUGUAUGUGUGUAUGCUUAUGCAUAAAUAUAUCUAUAUAUUUAUGUAUGUAUAUAGCCAAGCAAGGCAUAGAUUCACAUGUUAUCACAUCAAUCAUCCAAAUUUAUAUUUUAUUUUAUAUGUAUAUAUGUUUUUUUGUUAAUUGUUGUUUUUUUGGGGGGGGGGCGGUGAGGCCCACCAUUUGUUAUCCUCAUUGUUACCUCAGCCCAGCCCCAAGAUCCUGCCUGUUGCCAUCACUGUUUUGAUCAGGCAGUAGACGCUGCCACACCUUUCCUGUAAAUUCAUACCAGUGAGACAUUCUACGAGGAAAACUUUUUUUUUCUUUUUUUUAACCACAAAAGCAAAAAAAAAAA